GCGUCUUCAUCUGUAGCUAUAACUAAUGGCACGUUAGAAAAAGAGAUAAACCAGUUGAAUUGCCUGAAUUCCACUCAGAGUAGCCAAACGGAUGAUUCAAUGGAGACUGAUGCACAGUGUGAAGCUGUAGCGAGUAAAGAUGAUGAUUUGGUCGACGGAAUCCAGUCUCAUUCCAGGUUAACAGAGUGUAACAAUGUGGAAAACGCAAAGGUAAACCAGAGCAAACUGAAGGACGUCAUCUUUGAGGGGAAGAUGCCUGUAGUGCUCCUGGAGGAUAUUAUGACUGCAAAAUCUCCCCAGGUCGCUUCUCUGGAUGGAAGCAUCACGUCGGAAAAUGAGACCAUGGAAUCGUCUCAUGAAGGAGACUCAGGACUUACCAACUCCUCGCUAAGUUCUCGCUCUGUGAGCUCACCUGAGGCGCAGCCUGCUGCGGAAACUAAGCAAAAUACUAGUCCUUUAGCUGCCUCAACGCCUGUUAGGAAGGUACCUCAGAAAUUCCACAAAAGUUCGGCAGAGAAGGAGAAGCUGAGAUUGCAAAGAGAUCAGGAGCGAGCAGACAAGCUGCAGAAGUUGCAAGCAGAAAGGGAAGAAAAGGGAAGGCUGAAAGAAGAAGCGAAAGCCGCAAAAGAGCGAGCCAAGGAGGAGGCGAAGAAGAAGAAAGAAGAGGAAAAAGAGUUGAAAGAGAAAGAAAGGAGAGAAAAGAAAGAAAAAGAAGAAAAGGAAAAAGCUGAGAAGCUGAGAGUGAAGGAGGAGAAACGCAAGGAGAGGCAGGAAGCUUUAGAGGCAAAACUUGAGGAGAAGAGAAAGAAAGAAGAGGAGAAACGGUUAAGAGAGGAGGAAAAGCGUAUUAAUGCACAGAAAGCAGAAAUUACGAGGUUCUUCCAGAAACCAAAGACUCCACAAGCCCCGAAGAUUCUUGCUGGCUCUUGUGGAAAGUUUGCUCCUUUUGAAAUUAAGGAGAACAUGGUCUUAGCUCCCCUCUGUCGUAUUGCCCCGGAUCCAGACUUCCUAGAACAGCUGGAUAAGCUCCUGCGUGCACAGAGUAGUGAAGUUUCUUUCUUGAGGGAUCUAAAGUGUCGUAAACCACGUAAAACUGGACCUACUUUUGUCAAUAACAGUGCUGACAUAGUAAACAGUGAUGUGGUGGUAGUGGAUGCUGUUCCCGAAAGGGGGAAACUUGGUAGAAUGAAACUUCUGCAGUUUUGUGAGAAUCACCGUCCUGCAUAUUGGGGCACAUGGAACAAGAAAACCACUGUGAUUCGUCCCAGGAAUCCUUGGUCAAAGGACAGUAAACUACUGGACUACGAAGUAGAUAGUGAUGAAGAAUGGGAAGAGGAGGAACCCGGAGAAAGCCUCUCCCAUAGUGAAGGGGAUGAUGAAGAGGAGGGAGAGGACGAAGAUGAUGACGAUGGGUUUUUUGUACCCCAUGGGUACUUAUCUGAAGAUGAAGGAGUGACAGAAGAGUGCGAUCCAGAGAAUCAGAAGGUUCGUCAAAAGCUGAAAGCAAAGGAGUGGGAUGAACUCCUGGCCAAGGGGAAGAGGUUCCAUGUUCUACAGCCCAUGAAAAUCGGCUGCGUCUGGGAAAGUGCAGAAAAUGACAGCGGCACAAAUGCGGACCUAAAGUUUCUCCAGCAGUUCACAGCGUGUAUCCUGGAUUCGCCUGUUGCAGAAGAAGAACAGCAGAUACAGAAAUGUAGCAAAAAACGAGCAAAAGAUCAGCAAAUCCUUGGCCAGCUUUUGCCGCUGCUGCAUGGCAACGUGAAUGGGAGCAAGGUGAUCAUCCAGGAAUUCCAGGAGUGCUGCCGGCAAGGACUGUUCAGUGAUGUGACUGCAGCUGCCGACUGUAGCGACACAAGCCCCGCGAGCCCUCACACCUCCCGGCCGCAGACGCCUGUUGGUGAGGACAGCAGUGUCCCUUCCAAAGCCAGGCUAAAGCGAAUCAUUUCUGAGAACUCUGUGUACGAAAAGAGACCUGAAUAUAGAAUGUGCUGGUACGUCCACUCGGAGGUGCUGAAGAGUUUUGAUCAAGAGCAUCUCCCUGUCCCUUGUCAAUGGAACUACGUCACGCAAGUCUCUUCUUCAGGGAAGGAGGAGGGUGGCAGUGUGCCAGGCGUGGCUCUCCUGCAGGCCACCCCCGUGUCGGUGAAGAGGAAGUCCACCGGAAGCAUGUCCAUCACUAAAUUCAUGAAAAGGCCUCGGGAUGCUGAACAGGCUGAAGCUGCAGAGAUGGAUGGAUUUCAGGCAGACACCGAGGAAGAUGAGGAAGAUGAUGACUGCAUGAUUGUGGAUAUACAGCCAGGCAAAGAUUCUACAUUGGCAGUUACCGAAACGGCUUCAGAAUCCAGUGGCACGGGAGCUGCUCACCAGGACACCAGCGUAGUCAGCCCAUCUAAUACAGUUUGAGACUUAAAUGCCUACUAACUUCUCUUGUAGAUGCUAACCCUGUGAUGGAGCUGCUGGCAGCCACUGCAACCUGCCUUUGCUACGGGAGGUAGGUCCUUGCAGUUCCUUCCAGACAGCCCUCCUACCCUUGAGCUAGAAGCCUUCAAGCAGUUAAUCCUUUGAGCUUAAAAAGAAGGGGGCAGAGCACAAUCGCAGCACUGAGAGCCGAAGACACAAACUUGUGAGCAGUAGAUGACUCUGACAACCUGAAGACCCCUGUGGAAGGUACCAGCUAUCUUUUCUUU